GAGAGAGAAAGAGAGAGAGAGAGAGAGAGAGAGAGAGAGAGAGAGAGAGAGAGAGAGAGAGGAAGCGUGCUCUCUCCCCACUCCAGACGCCCUCCUCUGUCCGAGCAAAGCGGCUGAGGGCACUGAAUGGGAGAGGGAGAGAGAUGCGGGCACAGAAGACUGCAAAAGGGACCCUGUAUUGCUAGUGGGACUGAGAGAUGAGGAGGGACAGGCAGACCGACUCACUCACGGACUGACAGCGAGAGUGGCAGCUCCCAGAGCAGAGCGCAGGAAAGCCAGAAUCCCGCGCUGAGCUGCCAGGCUGCGAGACAGACGGUCAGACAGACAGAAGUGCAGAGGAACAGACUGGCAGACAGGAGGCGGGGUACGUUCAUUCCCCGCAGCCAGCCGGGUAAAGAAGGCUGCGGCGGCGCCCCCUGAGAGCGUCCGGAGCAGCGAUAAGCAGCAGGGGCAACGGGGUCGCCAGCUGAAGCCACCAGUGUCGCCGCAGUGGCGUCCGCCACAGCCUUGCAAGGAUCCCAGCCGACAAUGCAGAAAAGCUCCUUUUGAACUAGCAGUUAAAUAAAUCGACCAAAAAAAAAAAAAAAAUCCAAGCUAAAUCAAACAAAUCCAGGCAAAUCAAUCACUGAGAAACAAUAAUAUUAAUAAAAACCUAAUUAAAUCAAUCAAGGCACCAAGACGCUGGGGGGAUAUCCACUGUUCGGUCAAGGUUGACGAUGUGUCAAACUGUGUAAGGGAAUCGCACGGACAUGGGCAUUCCGAACUGUUAAUGGGGACAUGGGACUCCAGUUGUCUCUGAUCACUUGUGUGGAUUUUCCCCGUGUAGAACGACAGAAGCCGCUAGUAAGUGGCCAAGACCUACAGCAGGAACUCUGCACCAAAGGGCAUCCAACGUUGCUAUUUUAAUUUGCGUCCGAGAGAAUGUCUGAGCAAGGGGACCUGAAUCAGGCGAUAGUGGAGGAAGGCGGGACUGAGCAGGAAAGGGCCACUCCAGAGAAUGGUAUUGUUAAAUCGGAAAGUCUGGAUGAAGAGGAGAAGCUGGAACUGCAGAGGCGGCUGGCAGCUCAGAAUCAAGAGAGAAGAAAGUCAAAGUCAGGAGCAGGAAAAGGUAAACUGACUCGCAGCCUUGCUGUCUGUGAAGAAUCCUCGGCCAGACCUGGAGGUGAAAGUCUGCAGGAUCAGGAAUCAAUUCAUUUACAGCUUUCCAGUUUUCCCAGCCUGCAAGAGGAUGAUAAAUCUAGGAAAGAUGACACUGAAAGAGAAAAAGAAAAGGAUAAAAACAAAGAUAAAUCCUCUGAAAAACCCAAGAUCAGAAUGUUAUCAAAAGAUUGCAGCCAAGAAUAUACGGAUUCUACAGGCAUAGACUUACAUGAGUUUCUGAUUAACACAUUAAAGAAUAAUUCCAGGGACAGGAUGAUACUCUUGAAAAUGGAGCAGGAAAUUAUUGAUUUCAUUGGUGACAACAAUAAUCAUUAUAAAAAGUUCCCUCAGAUGUCGUCCUAUCAGAGGAUGCUUGUCCAUCGAGUGGCAGCUUACUUUGGGUUGGAUCACAACGUGGAUCAAACAGGAAAAUCUGUAAUCAUCAACAAGACCAACAGCACAAGAAUACCAGAGCAAAGGUUUUGUGAACAUUUAAAAGAUGAAAAAGGUGAAGAAUCCCAGAAGCGGUUUAUCUUGAAGCGAGAUAACUCUAGUAUUGAUAAAGAAGACAAUCAGCAAAACAGAAUGCAUCCAUUUAGAGAUGACAGACGAAGUAAAUCAAUUGAAGAGAGAGAAGAGGAGUAUCAGAGAGUGAGGGAGAGAAUAUUUGCACACGAUUCAGUUUGCUCCCAGGAAAGCCUUUUUGUGGAAAACAGGCUCUUGGAAGACAGUAACAUAUGCAAUGAGACCUAUAAGAAAAGACAGCUCUUUCGGAGCAACAGAGAUGGCUCAGGGAGAACGUCCGGAAGUCGGCAGAGCAGCUCCGAGAAUGAACUCAAGUGGUCCGACCACCAAAGAGCCUGGAGCAGCACAGACUCUGACAGCUCCAACCGCAAUCUCAAGCCCACCAUGACCAAGACGGCGAGUUUUGGGGGCAUCACGGUGCUGAGCAGGAGUGAUAGCAGAUCCAGUACCAGGAGUCCCGGGAAGCUGUGCAAAACAGGUUCUGAGUCGUCCAGCAGUGCGGGUUCCUCAGGAUCACUGUCCCGCACCCAUCCCCCUCUCCAGAGCGCACCCCUGGUCUCAGGCGUUGCACCCAGUUCUCCUGGCUGUGUACCCUAUCCGGAGAGUGGAAUGGGGGGCCAGGUUGGUGCCAGCAGCACAAGCUACAUCCUCCUUCCCCUUGAAGCUGCAACAGGCAUCCCGCCCGGAAGCAUCCUUCUUAAUCCACACACAGGCCAGCCCUUUGUGAAUCCUGAUGGGACCCCUGCAAUAUACAACCCCCCCACCAGUCAGCAACCCCUGCGAGGUGUGAUGGUGGGGCAGUCCCAGCAGCAGCCACAGCAGCAGCCCUCACCUCAGCCACAGCAGCAGGUCCAGCCGCCACAGCCACAGUUGGCAGGCCCACUGGUCACUCAGAGAGAUGAUGUGGCGACACAGUUCAGCCAGAUGAACCUGAGCAGGCAGUCCUCAGGAGAGACUCCUGAGCCCCCAUCCGGCCCUGUUUACCCGCCAUCCCUCAUGCCACAGCCAACCCAACAACCCAGCUAUGUCAUCGCCUCUACAGGCCAGCAGCUCCCGACCGGGGGGUUCUCAGGCUCUGGACCUUCCCUUUCCCAACAAGUUCUCCAGCCCCCACCCUCACCCCAGGGAUUUGUGCAACAGCCUCCACCUGCACAGAUGCCCCUAUAUUAUUAUCCAUCCGGUCAGUACCCUACCUCAACCACGCAGCAGUACCGGCCCAUGGCCUCAGUGCAGUACAGUGCCCAGAGGGGUCAACAGAUGCCACACACAGCACAACACGCAGGUUACCAGCCAGUUAUGUCUGGUCAGCAGGGGUUCCAAGGCCUCAUGGGAAUGCAGCAGCCGCCUCAAAGUCAGAGCGUGAUGAGCAACCCAACAGGAACUCCGGUGCAAAGUGUAAUGGUCUCCUACCCAACCAUGUCUUCUUAUCAGGUGCCAAUGACCCAGGGUUCUCAAGGACUGCCCCAGCAGUCAUACCAACAGCCAAUCAUGCUACCUAACCAGGCAGGUCAAGGGUCACUCCCAGCCACUGGAAUGCCUGUGUACUGUAAUGUCACACCGCCGACCCCUCAGAACAACCUUAGGCUGAUUGGCCCACACUGUCCCUCCAGCACUGUCCCCGUGAUGUCGGCUAGCUGCAGGACAAACUGUGCGAGUAUAAGCAACACCGGGUGGCAGGUCAAGUUCUGAGGCUCUGGCUGUGGUACAUUUCUUCAGCUAUUACUCAUGGCCUUUGAGGAAAGAGGAGCAAGGUGGGAAAACUGGCUGAGGACUUAAGUAUUCACUCAACACUCAAAUGAUUGCUGCUGGUAUUCUGUAAAAAACAAAAACAAAAACAAAAACAAAGACUAAUAUACACAUUAGCUGGUUAAUGGUGCAUAUUUCUGUCAUGUCUGCUAGGUAUGCCUUUAUAGCUUAGCUAGUGACAUGAAUUCAUCAAGGUAAGAUUUUCUCCUACCACUGAAUACCACUGUGUAGACUACAAUAUCCCUAAUUUGGAUUAUUAGUUUUGUACUUUGUGUUGAGUUUGUGAUGUUCAAAGUAUUUAAAUACUAUAUAUCGAACUCAUAUUGUACCAAAGCUGUAAUGGAAAAGAAAAGAAUUGAUGAAUGGAAGGAAUAAUUUAUAUACACUAUAGAGUUUUCUUUUUUAAUGGAUAUAUGCUGUAUUGUAGUGUUUAAUCAAAAUAAAACUAUUUGACCUUAUGGAGGAAGGUCAUGUUU